AUGCUAGCUGGAUCUUUUUUAAGUGCUUCUAUUUUGGGAAGUGUAACAACAAUAAUUAUUAAAUUAUAUCAAGGUACAGAAGAAUUAAAAGAAAUGAAACAAAGUGUUGAUGAUUUUAUAAAACAUCAUCGUAUUAGUAAACAACUUGCUAAACAAAUGCAAGAAUCAUUUGAUCAUGAAUGGAAAAAUACAAAAGGAAUUGAUAUGAAUAGUAUAUUGAAGACAUUUCCAGAAUGUAUUCAAGCUGAUAUAUGUCUUCAUCUUAAUCGAGAAUUAUUAAAUAAUUGUCCAGUAUUUGAAGAUGCAAGUGAAGUUGCACUUCGAACAUUAGCUCUUCUUUUUAAAUCAACUCAUAUUCCACCAGGUGAUACACUGAUUCAUCAAGGUGAUCUUCUUUAUUCAAUAUAUUUUAUACGUGGUGGUCAAAUGGAAAUAUUAAAAAAUAAUGAAUCACAAGCUAUCCUUGGUCGAAAUGAUAUACUCGGAGAAAAUCCAUGUAAUACUAUUACACCAGGAAAAUCUCAAUGUGUUGUAAGAGGUUUAACUUAUUGUACAUUAAAUAAAAUUCAUCGUGAUGAUAUAUUACAUGUUUUUCAAUUAUAUCCUGAUUUUGCACAAUCAUUUGCAGAACGUUUUCAAGUUACAUUUGAUCUUCGACAAUGUGAAUUAAAUGAAUCAAAACCAUUUUAUAAAUUAGAUGAUGAAAUUCAAACACUUAUUCGACAACAUCGUCCAAAAUUACAAUCAGAUCGACAAUUGAGUUUAUUAAGUCAACAUGAAGAAGCCAAUAGACUUGCUGCAUUACGUUCAUAUCGUGGUGUUCGCAUGAGUAUUGAUGGUGGUAGACGACGACGACCUAUAAGUACUAUUGUUGAAUUAUCACCUGAUCAAGCAAAUACGUCUUCUGAAGAUUUGGAAUUUAGUCAGGAAACAUCAAGAGUAUCAUUAGGACCUUUAGCUCACGGAACUUUGACAAGUGUAUUUUCAACAAUUGUUGCUAUGUCAAAAAGGACUAAAACUAAUGUAGUAACUUUUCAAGAAGAAGAAGAACAAGAACAAGAACAAGAACAAGAAAAUUUAUCACCAACAACUGAAACAAAUUUUGUAACAGAAAAAACAAAAUCAAUUCGAAAAAAUAAAACACGUUCAAUACGAAAUAUGGCAGAUGUUGAUACAGAAUUAUCUCUUCUGCAAAGACGUUUUGAUUUUCUAGAACGAAUAAUAGAUGAUAAAAUGAAACUAUUAUUUGAUUUUGCAAAUAAUAUUUCAAUAACAAAUAAUAAUCAUCCAUCUAGUAAUUCAAAUUAA